AAUGAAUGAUGUUCAAAAGAAAACGUUUUCAUUAAAUCACCUGUGACUCAGUUUUUGAGUAUCACAUCCUUUGUAUUUCACAUUAUUUUCGGGAAUUACUAUUCUUUAUUCCUUUUUUUUCUUACUCGUUCCGCCAUACAAUUGCCUUCUAAGAGGUUCAGUUUUCAUAUUUUUAUUAAUUUUCUGAAUAAUUACACUGUUUUCUGAGUUGAAACAGUUUAAAUUCUUUUUUUUCUUCCGUUACUUCUUCUGCAAGUUAGUUUAGGAACGUUUUCUUGCAGUAGUAGGGUUUGAUUCCGAUGGCGGAGACUAAAAUCGAUGCCCCUGGGAAGGGGAAAGCGAAAAAAGUAGCGUUUUAUAAACUGUUUACGUUCGCUGAUUCUAAAGAUAUUUUGUUGAUGAUUAUUGGAACUGUUGCUGCUUUUGGGAAUGGAGUGACUAUGCCUUUCAUGUCAGUGCUUAUGGGCCAAACUAUUGAUUCUUUCGGAUCCAAUCAGAAUGACAAAGGGAUCGUUCCGAUAAUUUCCAAGAUAUCGUUGGAAUUCGUCUACUUAGCCUGCGCAGCUGCGGCAUUAGCUUGUCUUCAGGUUACCUGCUGGAUGGUAACAGGAGAACGUCAGGCGGCAAGAAUAAGGGGUUUAUAUCUGAAAACUAUAUUGAGACAAGAUAUUGCUUUCUUCGAUAAGGAAACAAACACCGGAGAGGUUGUUGGUCGAAUGUCGGGCGAUACUGUUCUUAUCCAGGAUGCCAUGGGUGAAAAGGUCGGAAAAGUUCUGCAGCUGUUGGCUACAUUUUUUGGUGGUUUUAUCAUAGCAUUUGUCAGAGGGACAAAACUUGCUGCUUUUCUGUUAAUUGCUAUUCCUUUCAUAGUUCUAGCUGUUGGUGCCAUGGCCCUUACCAUGGCACGAUUGGCAGCUCGCGGACAAAAAGCAUAUGCAGAAGCUGCUUCUGUUGUAGAACAGACAAUUGGCUCAAUUAGAACUGUUGCAUCAUUUACCGGAGAGAAUCGAGCUAUUAGUGUUUACAACGAACAUCUUCAGACUGCUUAUAAAUCAGGCCUGUUUGAAGGUCUUGCUUCCGGAUUAGGUGUAGGUGUAGUUAUGCUUGUCUUGUUCAGUAGCUAUGGCAUGGCUAUAUGGAUUGGUGCAAAGAUGAUAUUGGCAAAUGGAUAUACGGGAGGCCAAGUGAUUAAUGUGAUCUUUGCCGUAUUGCUCGCUUCAAUGUCUUUGGGACAGGCAUCGCCUUGUCUGAGUGCUUUUGCUGCAGGACAAGCUGCAGCCUAUAAAAUGUUCGAGACGAUUAAGAGGAAGCCGGAGAUCGAUGCUUACAGUACAAACGGAAGAGUAUUGGACAAUAUCCGCGGAGAUAUCGAGCUGAGAAAUGUAUAUUUCAGUUAUCCAGCAAGACCUGAUGAGGAAAUAUUUAGUGGAUUCUCUCUCUCAAUCCCGAGUGGUUCUACUGCAGCUUUGGUUGGGCACAGUGGAAGUGGAAAAUCAACAGUUAUUAGUCUGAUAGAGAGAUUUUAUGAUCCAAAAGCAGGAGAUGUUCUCAUUGAUGGAAUUAACCUCAAAGAGUUGCAACUUAAAUGGAUCAGAGAAAAAAUUGGGCUCGUCGGCCAGGAGCCUGCGCUUUUUUCAUCUAGCAUCAGGGACAAUAUUGCAUAUGGGAAAGAUGGUGCAACUCUUGAAGAGAUAAGAACAGCUGCUGAACUCGCCAAUGCUGCAAAAUUCAUCGAUAAAUUACCUCAGGGCCUUGACACUAUGGUUGGUGAGCAUGGAACUCAACUUUCUGGUGGGCAGAAGCAGAGAAUUGCGAUCGCUAGAGCAAUCUUGAAGAACCCUCCAAUUCUACUUCUGGAUGAAGCCACCAGUGCACUUGAUGCAGAAUCUGAGAGGGUAGUGCAAGAAGCACUAGACAGAAAUAUGGUGAACCGUACAACUGUUAUCGUCGCCCAUCGUUUAGCCACGGUUAGGGCUGCUAAUAUGAUUGCUGUCAUUCAUCGAGGCAAAAUUGUCGAAAAAGGAACACAUUCGGAUCUACUUGAAAAUCCUGAUGGAGCAUACUCUCAGCUAAUGCGCUUGCAGAAACUAAAUAAAGAAUCAGAAGAAGCAGCACAUGAUUCCGGUAGAUUAGAGAUCUCAAGGGAUUCGUUCGGACAGCUAAGCGAAAGAAGGUCAAUGCGCCAUUCCAUAAGCCGGGGAUCAUCAAGAAACAGCAGCAGCUAUCGCAACUCGCCAUCACCUGCAAUUGAUAAUGACCUGGAAAAUGGAGAAACUCUUCCAUCAGAAAAACAAACCCGAAAGAUUUCCAUCUGGCGUCUUGCUUCUCUAAACAAGCCAGAGCUGCCAGUUCUCAUAGCAGGUGCUGUUUCUGCAAGUCUCAAUGGAGCAAUACUUCCAAUUUAUGGCGUACUAAUCUCUAGAGCAAUCAAAACAUUUUUUGAACCACCUCAUCAACUGCAAAAGGACUCGAAAUUUUGGGCGCUUAUGUUCGUGAUCCUUGGCCUGGUAUCGGUUUUGGUACAUCCAUUAAGAACAUUCUUCUUUUCCGUAGCUGGAUCUAAACUAAUCCAACGAAUAAGAUCCAGCUGUUUUGAGAAGGUGGUUUGUAUGGAGAUUGGCUGGUUUGAUGAUCCUAAGCACUCGAGUGGUGCAAUUGGUGCUAGGCUCUCAUCAGAUGCAGCAGCAGUUCGAGCCUUAGUGGGAGAUUCAUUAGCUCAGAUAGUUCAAAACAUUGCAACAGCUUUAGCUGGAAUAAUCAUUGCUUUCACUGCUAGUUGGCCUCUAGCAUGUAUUAUCCUUGUACUACUCCCCCUAAUCUUCCUCAACAGUGCGAUACAAGUAAAAUUCAUGAAAGGUUUCAGCGCAAAUGCGAAGACGAUGUACGAGGAAGCAAGCCAAGUUGCUAGUGAUGCAGUUGGAAGUAUAAGAACAGUAGCUUCAUUCUGUGCUGAAGAGAAAGUGAUGGAACUAUACGACAAGAAAUGCAAGGGUCCUAUGAUAGCCGGAGUAAAGCUAGGAUUGAUCAGCGGUUUAGGAUUUGGAUUGGCCUCAUUCUGUUUGUUCUCAUUCUACGCCAUUAGUUUCUAUGCUGGAGCUCAACUAAUCAAGCAUGGCCUCACUACGUUUUCGGAUGUUUUUCGGGUUUUCUUCGCUUUGACUAUGGCAGCAGUAGGAGUUGCUCAGACGAGUUCCCUCGGUGCUGAUUCCACAAAAGCGAAAGCUGCUGCUGCUUCAGUAUUCGACAUAAUAGACAGAACAUCUAUGGUGGAUCCUAGUAAUGAGUCAGGAAGAACAUUGGAAAUCGUGAGAGGAGAUAUUGAUAUUCGUUCUGUCAGCUUUAAAUAUCCAUCCAGACCCGACAUUCAGAUUUUCCGGGACCUCAGCUUGACCAUUCGUUCUGGAAGGGUUGUGGCGCUAGUCGGAGAAAGUGGGAGUGGUAAGUCGACAGUCAUCGCAUUAUUGCAAAGAUUUUACGAUGCAGAUUCAGGUCAUAUCACUCUUGAUGGAGUUCAAAUUCAGAACCUGAAUUUGAAGUGGUUAAGACGGCAAAUGGGGCUUGUUAGCCAAGAGCCUGCUUUGUUCAAUGACUCAAUCCGUGCCAAUAUUGCAUACGGAAAGGAAGGAAAUGCAACUGAGGCAGAAAUUAUAGCUGCAGCACAACUCGCCAAUGCCCACAGUUUCAUCAGUAGUUUACAAGAGGGUUAUGAUACAAUGGUAGGGGAGCGAGGAACUCAAUUAUCCGGGGGACAGAAGCAAAGGGUGGCCAUAGCUCGAGCCAUAGUGAAGAGUCCGAAGAUAUUACUAUUAGACGAGGCAACAAGUGCAUUAGAUGCAGAAUCAGAAAGAGUAGUUCAACAAGCAUUAGAUAAAAUCAUGGUGAACAGGACGACAAUCGUCGUCGCUCAUCGAUUAUCAACAAUCAAGAAUGCGGAUGUUAUUGCUGUGGUUAAAAACGGUGCUAUUGUGGAGAAAGGAAGGCACGAGGCGCUCAUCAACAUCAAAGAUGGUUGCUAUGCAUCUCUUGUGGCACUUCACAUGAGUGCUAAAACUGCAUAGAGGGAUUUGCAGUUCAUUUUGAUUCUAGAUUUUGGAACUUGUGUGAGUUGUAAAUGUUUUUGCUCAUUGCUUUCGCUCUUUACAUUGAUAUAUGAAUGUAAUUUUACUCUUUCAAUUGUACAUUAAUAAGAGCAAAAUUAAGGCAA